AUGUCUGCACCAGCUGCAAAGAAGGACAUUGACUGGUCGACACUUGGCCUCGCCUAUGACCUUGAGGUAAAUGGCCACAUCGAGACUCGUUUUCACCUGUCGACGGGCCAGUGGACAGAGCCGAAGCUGGUGGCAGACACCAACAUUAGCGUCAGCGGGCUCUCGCCAGGCCUCAACUAUGGCCAGCAGUGCUAUGAGGGCCUAAAGGCGUUCCGCGCCGAGGGCGACAAAAUCACCGUGUUCCGGCCCCGAUUCCACGCGGCACGCAUGCAGCGGUCCGCUGGCUCUGUCUCUCUACCGGCGCCAUCCGAGGACCUCUUUCUCGAGUGCCUGCGGCUGGCAGUGGCACACAAUGCCGAAUUCGUGCCCCCCGCUGGCGAGGAGGCGUACCUAUACAUUCGACCCGUGCUAUUCGGCGCCUCGACCCGUCUGGCUCUCGCUCCACCCGAGGAGGUAAUCCUGGCCGUCUAUGUGCAGCCCACGCGCCCAUACCACGGAUCCGCGGCCAUUGACGGCGUCGUACUCGAGGACUUUGACCGCGCCGCGCCUCGCGGCAUGGGAGGCUACAAGGUUGGCGGCAACUACGCACCUGUCUGGCGGCAUGCGGCCAAGGCCAAGGAGAUGGGGUUUGGCAUCACGCUGCACCUGGACAGCGCCACCCGCACCCUGAUUGAGGAGUUCUCCACCAGUGGGUUCCUGGGCCACAAGAUGCGCAGCGACGGCAAGGACGUCCUCAUUGUUCCUCAAACGGAGAAUGCAAUUGCUAGCACUACGAGUGACAGCAUGGUCAGGUUGGCGGAGCGCGAGGGCUGGAUUGUCGAAAAGGGCGAGGUUCCAUUUUCGUCGAUUUCAAAUCUAGACGAGGUCGUGGCCGUUGGUACAGCUGCUGCAGCCGUGCCCGUGCGCAGCAUCACGAGGCUUUCCACACAAGAGAAGUACUCGUUCCGCAGCUCCGAAGCCGGUAAUGGUAAGCUGGUUGAGCUCUCGCGACUCAUGGCCUCCAUCCAAAGGGGCAACUCCGCCGACACUGAAGACUGGUGCUGGGAGGUGACCGGCUACCCCCAACUACCAUCGGCUGCUCCUCCGGCUGUUGGUGCCGUGAGCAGCCAGUGGUCGCUCCUUAUGAGCACAGUCAAGAGCGUUUCUGAUGGAUUGUGGAACGCUGUGCACCUAUCCCGUGGGUGA